AUGCGGAAAAGUCCUUCCACUGAGGUGGACACCCACAGUGAGACAACUACAUUAUCUGAGGGCCCCAAUCGUACCCUGCUGAUUCAUGGCCCUGCGGAAUUCAAAAGAGGCUGGAGAAGGCAGAAGCGACACCUCUUCCUCUUCAGUGAUUUGUUGCUUGUGUCUAAUUCCAAGUAUAGAAAGACCUUCAAAAUUAAAGAUAAAAUACCACUGAACACCAUGUGGAUGACAGACUGUGAUGACACCAAUGCCAAGAGGUCUCUUGUUUUGGGCUGGCCCACCGUGAACUUCACAGCCACCUUUAGUUCUUCAGAACAAAAGGAACAAUGGCGCUCUUCCCUUCGAAGGUACAUCAAUCUAGCCAAAGAGAAAGACCACCCGAAGAGCAUUCCCCUGAAAAUCUUUGCUGAGGACAUCGAGAACUGUGCCUACAGGAAAAGUUUAACAGUAACAAAUUCAGAUACAACCAAUGACAUUAUCGACAAGUCACUACCAAUGCUCGGAAUAACUGGCUCUAAGAGUGAUUACCAGUUGUGGGUCAGUUCUGGCAAGAAAGAGGCCCCAUUCCCACUCAUUGGACAUGAACAUCCCUAUGGAAUAAAAAUGAGCCAUCUUCAAGCCACUGCACUCCUGCCACACCGCCUAAGGGGCUCCAUAUCUUCAUCCACUCUCCAGGAGCCCUUCUUACUGGAGCAGCCAUUCCCAGAGAUGGGAGGUCCGUUCGUCCUAAAGCCCAGGCGCCCACUGAGGAGCCAGGAGCAUAAAAAUGCAGGCCAGAAGACAGGUGAAAAGAAAUGGCCUGUGGUGAACUGGGCCUUUCGGCGGAACCCCAGCACUUGCCAGGACAACGUGUGCAGGGCUCUACCAUCCCCCAAGCCGGGGAAGCUCUUUGGGGUUUCACUCAAAGAUGUUUGUCCCAAUGAUGACCUGCCCACUCCUCUCCGGGAUAUGCUUUUCUCUCUUAACCAAAAAGGGCCUCUGACAGAGGGCAUCUUCAGAAUAUCGGCGAGUGUCAGAGCAUGUGGAGCCCUCAAGCAGAAACUAAACUCAGGAGAGAAGGUGAAUUGGGAGGAUGAGCCGGUUUUGGUAGUAGCAUCUGUCUUAAAGGAUUUUUUUAGAAACAUCCAGGAAAGUGUAUUUUCUUCUGGUCUGUAUUAUCAAUGGCUUACUGUUAUUGAUGAAGGGAAUGAGGAGGAGAAAAUAACUGGAAUCCAGAGGCUUUUAGACCAACUUCCAAAAGCCAAUGUUGUUCUCCUGCGAUACCUUUUUGGGGCUUUAUACAACAUUGAACAACAUUCUGCAUCGAAUCAGAUGACUGCAUAUAAUUUAUCAGUCUGUAUCGCCCCAAGCAUCCUUUGGUCUUCUACUUCCUGCAGCCCAGGACUGGAAAAUGAAUUGACAAAAAAGAUUUCUCUUGUACAAUUUGUUAUCAAAAAUUGCUUGAACAUAUUUGGAAAAGACAUCACUUCCCUCUUAGAGGAAAGCUCAAUGAUCACAACAAUGAGUUGUGAUUAUUCAGAGAAGGCUUCAGGUACUGUGAAUAAUUUAAUGGCUUUUCUAAGAAAGAGUGAGCCUGGUAGGAGUCAUGGGUGAUGCCGAGACAGCAACUGUCCUGGAGCCCACAGCAUGACCAAGGACAAUGAAGCUGGGCCUAGGGGGCUUCUUACUGCUUCUUCAGAAGGGUGGCUCAUGGAUAGGGGGAGAUAGCACACUGUUGUCAGAUCAAAGAAAAGACCAAGUCCACGAUGUCAAGAAGUUGCUAGUGCAGCUUGUAACAGCAUCAGGACAGAGCAUGGUAGGAUACAGUGGUUUGGAGACUUUUUCAAACAAAACUUUAAAUGGAACCCUGAUAGAUCUAACAGAUGCGCUCUGGUUGAAACCAAAGUGAGGGGCCAAGAGCACUGCCUGUUUUAUUUCUCCCCCUUUUCUUGCUCAGUGUCCCUGAGUUACCUCAGGGAUCCAGUGCUCUUUGAAACAGUUUGAAAAGAACCAGCAUCAUUGAGAAAAAAAGGACUUGAUGUCAAACAGCCUAUUCAGAGUGUGAACCCCUGCCCCACUGUUAGCAGUUCUGUCAUCCGUGGCCAGU